AUGGAGGCGGUUCUCCAGAACUCCACUGACUUCAUCCUCUUGGGUCUCAUCACACAUCCUGCAUUUCCUGGACUUAUCUUUGCAGUGGUCUUCUCCAUCUUUUUGGUGGCUGUGACAGCCAACCUGGUUAUGAUUCUGCUCAUCCACACAGACUCCCGCCUUCACACACCCAUGUACUUCUUGCUGAGCCAGCUCUCCAUCAUGGACACCGUCUACAUCUGCAUCACUGUCCCCAAGAUGCUACAAGACCUCUUGUCCAAGGAAAAGACCAUCUCCUUCCUGGGCUGUGCGAUUCAGAUCUUCCUUUAUCUGACCCUGAUCGGUGGAGAAUUCUUCCUGCUGGGACUCAUGGCUUAUGACAGGUACGUAGCUGUGUGCAACCCUCUUCGAUACCCUCUCCUCAUGAACCGCAGGAUCUGCUUGUUCAUGGUGGUGGGCUCCUGGGUUGGUGGUUCCUUGGACGGAUUCAUGUUGACUCCCGUCACCAUGAGUUUCCCCUACUGUGGCUCCCGAGAGAUCAAUCACUUUUUCUGUGAGAUCCCAGCGGUCCUGAAGCUGUCAUGUGUUGACACAUCGCUCUAUGAGACCCUGAUGUAUGCCUGCUGCGUGCUGAUGCUACUUAUCCCUGUAUCUGUCAUCUCCGUCUCCUACACACGCAUCCUGCUCACUGUGCAUCGGAUGAACUCUGCCGAGGGCCGGCGCAAAGCCUUUGCUACCUGUUCCUCCCAUAUUAUGGUGGUGAUUAUUUUCUACGGGGCAGCCUUCUACACCAACGUGCUGCCCCAUUCGUAUCACACGCCAGAGAAAGACAAGGUUGUGUCUGCCUUCUACACCAUCCUCACUCCGAUGCUCAACCCACUCAUCUAUAGCUUAAGAAAUAAAGACGUGGCCACAGCUCUAAAAAGAGUGCUGGGGAGAUGCACGUCCUCCCACCAGAAAAUCAGAGCGGGCGAUGUGUCCAAGAGACACUAACAUCCUUGGCGCUGUUGCCAGUGGCACACAGUCAUUCCGGAAAAUAUGUCCUUGGUUCUGAGAAAUAGUCACUAUCAUUUUAACAGAAUUAUACCAGGCAAAAGCAUCCUUUGCGAGCAUCAUUAAAAAAAAAUACAUAGCUGAAGGCUGCCAACAUCUCAGCAUCAGGCAACUGACUUGUUUGGAUUCACUGACAGACACCUUCCAGAAAGCACUCUCUUCAAUUAGCAUUAUAAAUUAUCUCAGGCAGGCCAAACAUCCCCUGAAGUCCUGAAUAGAUGAUUUCACAUGUUACCUGUGUUCGUGUGUCUUUUGUGUCUGUAUUGCUGACAAACUUUUAAAAAGAAAUUGCAAGGAGCCGUUAUCAUGUCCUUGCUGAUUUAAUGUCAGAUAUUCAAUGCAAAUUAAAUGCUUUCUAAUGGUAAUAGUGUAGCAGCUUUAUUUAGAAAACUUUUGUGAAGACAAUUCAAUUGAGUUCUGGGUUCGGUAUUCUUAGUUACCUUUUAUAAAUGUUUGUGUUCUCUAAGCUCUGAAAUUAAACUGUAAGUCAUUACCACUAUGUGCCUGGAAAUUAGUAAAUAUUUACAGAUUGAUUACAAUUGACUUCUGUUAUUAAGAUGAUAACAUUGCUCAAUCC